AUGAUCGCAUGGAAGUUGCGGCGCGUUCUGCCUCAUGCGCUUCUUCUAGGAUGGCUGCUGCGCUCUUCUUUGAUUUUGGAUUUCGCUCUGGGCAGGCAGGAGAAUCUGCGCCUGUUGCGCGAGCGGGAUGGUUUGGCAAAGACUUCCAGGGCACGGAACCCCAACGUCACGCUGAGCAACGAGGGCCGGGACUUCUUGGGAAGGAUUAAGGACGCAGGUGAAAGAGGCGAUUGGCACCAGGUCCGUGCAAUCUUCCGUACCUACACUGGGCAAGAGCUGCCGGUUUUCCAUGCAGUGCUGCACGCGGCGCUCAACUGUGGUCAGUAUGGUGAAGGUGCCUCCGCCUAUGAGAAGCUUUGUGGUUUGAAAGUUCAGCAGGAUGCGCCUACGUUUGCUACAGCCAUGAAGACGUAUGCUAAGAUGGGGAAUGCAUCCCGCGUUCGUGAGAUCUGGGCCGCGGCCAGGCAGCAUUGCCAACUGGACGCGCCUCUGUCCGCAGCACGCAUAGAUGCUGCAGCUGCCGAAGGUGAUGUUGUGACUGCGGCAGAAUUGCUGGACGAGAUGAAUCGCAUGGGUGUUGAGAUUGACAUUGCGCAUAUCACCUCGGAAGGGACCAGCCACAACGCAGCAGCUUUCCUCUUCGAUUUUGGAUUGAACUUGGGAUUGGAGCCCAACAUCAUCACCUUUGCCUGCCUCAUGGGAGCGUAUGCUAAAGCGCCACUUGAGAAGGUCUUGAAGGCCUACGGCCAGAUGGUUGCCAUGGGCAUUAAGCCUAACAAGGCAUUUGCUGAAGUCUACUUGACGAGUGUGUUGCAGAUCGAGAAGGAGGAGUGGGUACCGCUUCGCAAGGUCGAGGACAUGUCUGCUGUUCUUCAGAAGCGAUCGCUGGCUCGACGCAAA